AUGCGCCAAGGGGGCCAAAGCAUGGACAGAGGGUUCGUUAUCGAGAAGCUCAAGUUCUCUCGACGCGUCCUGGUCCUUACCACCCUGGAGACGCGAAGGGGGCCCAUAGAAAAUGCGACCAACACUGCAGCAGAAAGGAACGGAGGUGAUAUGCCUGAUUUCAAGUACUACCAUUCACAGUCGUCGCCGAAAAUUUGUGGCCACAGCGUGAAGAAGGCCCUCUCGAGGGUCAAGUGCGCAAUGGCACCAUUCCGCGCGGUUAAUUCGAACUAUGAGCUAUCUGAUGUUACACUGGGUAUCGACUUAGGCAGCACGAGCACCAGAGCCUAUCUCUGGUGCCCGGAAACAAAAAGGGACUGGUACAUCGAAAGUAAUGGUAGGUCCAGCACCGGCCGUCGAUAUGCAAAUGGCAACUUCUCGUCCAUGGGUUAUCCAUUCGAUGGCGGCGAGGUGUACUUGGGCGAGAAGAGCGACGCAGCUCGAGAGUCUAUCUCCCUGAAAUACGCAUUCUACAUAUUGGUUAAAGCCUCAGAUGACCUUUUCAAACAAUACCAACUGGCCGAACCACUUCGCAGUCAUCUGAAUGACAACGGACUCCGUGAUCGACUACUCGAAGGAUUAAGGAGAUUAUUCGCCGAAGUAUACAAUCGCGUCAUGGAAGUGUGUCAAGAAGAAAAGCUCCGCGUUACCACUAUCGGCUUGUCCGUUCCAUCCCAGUGGACAGUGGAUUUCAUGGAUCUUUAUCGCGACAUCAUCGCCCAAGUGUUCAAACAUGAUCGGUCAGCCAUCUUCUUCGUCACUGAAACAGAAGCACUAGCGCACUUUCUAUGCGUAAAGAAGCUUGAUCGCUUGGUCACACAUCAGGGCACUGUCCAUCAUGAUGUGGUCUUGGUGCUUGAUUUCGGAGGUCACAAUAUGGUUAGUUUGACUUCUUUUAUUCGAGCACCCUCUUUCUAUCUUAUCGGGAAACCAGACGGCGCCGGUGGCGGGAGCGAGCUGUGGGAAUAUCUCGUGGUCAAAAUGAGUCUAGACUAUCUCUGGAGUGAGUACGGGCUGAAAAUAUCGGCUCCAAUCAGACAGAAGCUGCUCGACACUUUUAAUGUUGAAAAAGGCGGAUGUGGACCAGAAUUUCCUGGCCAAGGGUUCGAUUGCUGUGUGAAGGACCAAGAUGGCACAAUGCGCAACGUAACCCUGGAUGAGCCUCUUGUCACAGCCUGCUUUGAUGAAGCCAUGAAGUUCCCCUUGGCUUUAGCAACUAGCAGAAUAGAAGCAGCCACAGAACUCCUGGCAUCUCAGACGAAAGACAACUCUUCUGCGAACAUGGAAGGACCCAGGUCCGUCAGAAAACCCAGAAUCAUUCUGGCAGGUGGUACAGCGAGGCAUGACGGUCUUCGGACAAGGAUCAAGGCUAUUUGUCAACGCAACAAUCUUGCCGACCCAAUCAUAACGGACAACAUCAUCAACCAAUACGACUCCGUAAAAAUUGCUUGCGGCGCCGCAUUUGCUGUUGCUUCCCCCCUUACUUUACAACAGUUCAUGGAAAGGGGUGCAGGCUUCGGCCUGCAGAUACGUCAGCAAGCGACACGAGACGAGAUUGAAUCAGAACAUCCAUGGGACAACACGGCGUCCUUUCUUUUCAGCUUGCGGAGGACGGUAAAGAACUUUGAGAUCUACGUUAAACCCAAGGAAGAACUGAAGAUCGUUUGUGACCCAUUCUUUGAGGAUGAAAGCAACGAAAAUAAAGACAAGCUGCAUUACCACAAGUGCUACGACAUCGCUAAUCUCGGCCGGCCCUCAAUAGGGUACUGGUGGUUCACAUUGUCCCUGACUGGUCAAGACAAUCAGAUGUGGCUGACCAUUGAGAGAUCAAGAAAGCCGCCCCGAGCCCCGGCAAAGUUGCAGUGUGAUCCCAUAACUGUUCCGCUGCACUACAACAGAGGCAGCAACAGUAUACACAUUGGUGAAGAGGGAGCCGAUGCUGACGAGUAUAUCUUACGCCUCAAGCAUUAUCCGGAACGUGACAAGGUCAGCAACCAAGGCCAGAAGAGGAAGGUGGCCCCAUUGCCCGAGAAACGUCGCUUGACUGCGCGUCGAACACCCAACAAGUUUCUUACGUCCUCGAUCGAUUCUGGCAAAGCACCUCACGUAUUGGACAGAGAGAACCAACCUAUAGAACCACCCAUAAGCGGACGACGUGUCUACCGGAAUGGGAAUGACGUUGAUAUUGAUGAUAGAGAGUGGUCUUUCGUCAGGCGUACUUAG